UAUCUUACUACAAAUCUAGAUAUAUAAUAAAUGCUACAUAAUUGUUACAACCAAAAAAUAAUAGACACAUCUUCUUCUCUAACUUAGGUUGUUGUGAUAUCAGAAGUCCCAAAACAAUGAGUCUAAUUUGCAGCAUACUCAAUGUAGCAUUGCCUCCAUUGUCAUUGAUUUUACUGCCUAUCAUCAUGCUACCUUAUCUUUUCUUCAAAUUGCUUAUACAUCUAAAAAAAUUGGUGUACAAAGAAAACAUGGCAAGAAAAGUAGUACUAAUCACAGGGGCAGCAUCAGGAAUUGGGGAGCAAUUAGCUUAUGAAUAUGCGAGAAAAGGAGCAAAAUUGUCCCUUGUUGACAUUAGAGAGGAGAAUCUAGUAGUAGUAGCCGAGAUGGCAAGAUCUCUUGGUUCUCCGGAUGUUAUCAAUAUUGGUGCAGAUGUUUCUGUCGUUCAAGACAGCAAACGAUUUGUUGAUGAAACAAUAGACCACUUCGGACAAUUGGAUCAUCUCGUAAAUAAUGCAGGAAUUGGUGGAAUUCCAAAAUUAAUAGAGGAUUGUUCUGAUGCUACUAAAUAUACUUCAAUUAUAGAUAUAAAUUUCUGGGGAACAGUUCAUGGCACUUUACAUGCAAUCCCACAUCUCAAAAAGAGUAAAGGCAGGAUCAUAGUAAUUGCUUCAGGUUGUGGAUGGUUCCCACUUCCAAGACUCAGUCCCUAUAAUGCUAGUAAGGCAGCGGUAAUAAGUUUCUUUGAGACACUAAGAAUUGAACUUGGUUGGUGUAUUGGCAUAACAAUUGUCACUCCUGGUUUUGUCAAAACAAAACUAGCAUCAAAGGCUUAUAAAGAUGAGCCUAGUCUGAGAAUAAUUCCAAUGGGGUCAGCAUUUGAAUGUGCCAAAGACAUAGUGAAUGGUGCAUGUAGGGGAGAUAUGUAUGUGACAAGUCCUUCAUGGGUGAAAGUGUUGUUUCCUUUUAAGGUGCUUUAUCCUGAGUUGGUGGAUUGGGUUCAACAACACAUCUUUGGGCUUUUGCCAAACCAUUCUUGUGAGAAGGAUAAUCUGCAUAUGUCUAAGAAUAGUCAAGUGUUUAAGAGUCAUUAAAAUGUUAUUUAGUGGCAUUUGCUAGCACACUUCAUUUUGAGACAUGUUCUAGCAAAGGACUCUUUAACAUGUUAUUUUUAUGGAUUUACUCUACAUUUAAGUUUGGUUUGUGUGAUCUCUUAAACGGUAAGAGUCUAAUACAGAUAAGUUUGUUGAGACUGCAUUAUAAACAUCUCUACAAUUGUUAUCAUCUAGGCAAUGGUAAUAAUUUACGAGU